CUGUGUCAGAUCAUCCACGGAGCUUCAGCACGGCUCGACCCUGGCGCGCAAUCUCCGCUCCACGCUGCGUAAAACAAACACCUCGGCGAGGAUGGACGGAUGGAUGGUUGUAUGGAUGUGGAUAGCAAAUGAAGACCGCUUCAAGUGAUUCUUCAUUACUUCCCAGUGAUUUUCUUUUUCUUUUUUACAUCGUCUUUCGGAUACCUUGUUGAUCUGUGAAAAGCAAAAGAAGUGAGGCAGAUUUGCAGAGAGGAAGAAAGAAAGGAAAGGGGAAGCUCCGGGUUGCUGGGAAAGGCUGGGUGCGCUAGAAACACGGAAAGUCACGGAUCAUGCUUAUGGGAACUUCCGAUUCCGUCUCGAUAAGGUAUUUUUAAAUCAUAAACUUUUCCUCUUUGCCUUUUAAUGUUUUAAAUUUGCAUCGAGUCCAGGAUUGAGUACCACUUUUUAAUGGCGAAAAAACAAAAACACAGGUGAUGGGCGCUCCAUUCUCUUUUCAUUUCCUUUGACACCAUUUGAAACGCCGUGGCUCUGCCUGAUGCUCUAUCAUGACUGAUGGCGAGGGGAGAGUGCGCUUUCAGUUCGCAGAGAGCCCGAGGGGGCAGUGCGGAGGGGGUUCAGGAGGAGGUGAGGCUCGCCAUACCUUCGGCCUACAGGAACGACGCCCCCUGGUCAUGAUGCUGACCCCGGAGGAGGCCACGAUGAGCAAGAGGUAGGACGAGAGGAGGAGGUGGAUACGAGGAGGAGUUGGACUGGUCGUGGCGAUGGAGCGGAAUGGAGUCCUGAGGUGCAGGAGGACCAGGAACCGGAGCUGGAAGUUGGACCAAGAUUGGGAGUUCGCAUUAGGACUCCUAUUCGGGAUCCAGACUGUGUCUCCGAGGAGGAGGAAGUGCAGCCGUACCCCGUCCUGGCCCCCGUGGCCUUCCCUCUGCCUAAAGCAAACAACAAGGCCUCGCAACUGGUGUCUUCGUGUCGUCUGUAACCCGUGGUUCGAGCACUUCUCCAUGCUGGUGAUCCUGCUCAACUGUGUGACUCUGGGGAUGUUCCAGCCCUGUGAAGACGUCGCCUGCCAAUCUGAGUGGUGCGGCAUCCUGCAGGUGUUGGACGACUGUAUUUUUGCUUUCUUCGCUGUGGAAAUGGUCAUCAAGAUGGUGGCCCUGGGAAUAUUUGGACCCAAUUGUUACCUUGGCGACAAGUGGAACCAGCUUGACUUUGUCAUCGUCAUGGCGGGGGUGAUGGAGUAUUCUCUGGACGGCCAUAACGCCAGUCUGUCAGCCAUCCGUACUGUCCGAGUGCUCAGGCCACUGCGGGCCAUCAACAGAGUACCAAGCAUGAGGAUCCUGGUGACGCUGCUGUUGGACACCCUGCCCAUGUUGGGAAAUGUCCUUCUCCUCUGCUUCUUCGUCUUUUCAUCUUUGGCAUUGUGGGAGUCCAGCUGUGGGCGGGGCUACUGCGCAACCGCUGCUUCCUGGGAGAGGACAUCAGAACAUUUCCACUCCGAGUGA